CUCUGAUAGGACACGAUGCCCCUAUCAAAGAUGACUACUAAAGUCUCAAAGAACUGCGCCAUUGUGCCCCUUCCGGCAUACGCAACGCCGGUGACGCUUUGCCUUGUGGUAUUCUCGCGAGAGUUCCUCUCUCGCCCUGGAGGCGCUCUGGUCUGGUCCCGGGAUGUCUAUGGUAGGGAACUAAGGGCUGGUUGGCGGUUGGUGGAGUGUUUCCGGUUAGCGCAGGGGAUUGCGGGUGACCGUUGGGAACUGUUAGUUCGGGACCGUCACAGUCAGCGGGGCUGUGGAGAACGAGUCGCCAUGUCUCACACAAUUUUGCUUGUUCAGCCUACUAAGAGGCCAGAAGGGAGAACAUAUGCCGACUAUGAAUCGGUGAAUGAGUGCAUGGAAGGAGUUUGUAAAAUGUAUGAAGAACAUCUGAAGAGAAUGAAUCCCAACAGCCCAUCCAUUACAUAUGACAUCAGCCAGUUGUUUGAUUUUAUUGAUGACCUGGCAGACCUCAGUUGUCUUGUUUACCGUGCUGACACUCAGACAUACCAACCCUACAAUAAAGACUGGAUAAAGGAGAAGAUCUACGUCCUCCUCCGCAGGCAGGCUCAGCAAGCAAGCAAAUAAUGGGGCAGCCUCAUUAUGGGGCUUGGGGAGGGCUUGGACAACAGGUGUGUACAGUAGUAGAAGUUUUGUAUUAUAGUCAUCCUGUUGUCAUCUUGUUAAACUAGUCAGGACUGAAUGUAUUGUUAGAGAUGCAAGGGUUUUGUUCAGUUUGAAACCCUCUUUUUAGUGUAAAUGAAGAAGAAAAUGUAACAUCUUUGGCAGGGAUUUAACUUUCUCUCUGGUUAGCUAAUAAUCCUACUUUUGUUCAACCCCCUAGGGCUGUUCAUAUGCUUCGCCAGAUUCACUGUAUGUGCCCUUCUGCAGGAUGUCCAACUAUUAGUUAUGUCAUUGAGACAAAAGACUUAGUGGAAAAUAAAAUGAAUACUCUUUAGUUAAA